UUCAUGGGAGAGGUCACAAAGCUCUUCCUGACUGGGAUUAUCCUCUGGGAGCUGCCCUGGGGCAGAGACUGUGAAAGAACAGAAUGGUUUGGGUGCAUCCUCCCAUGUGUGUCAAGAGGACAAUUAUGCAAUGGUGAGACUGUCUCCUGCUAUUCCCACAAGAAACGUAAAACUUGUCUCAAAUUUUCUUGUAAUAACUUAUUACCUUUAAAAAAAUAAUUGUAAUAUUAACAGAGGUAAUAUUAUUCCUGCUGCUCUGUCCCUGCCAUAAGUAAAACCCGUCUUGAUCCUAGGAAGGCAUUUCUGCAUUGGAAGUUGAGGUGUCUCACAAAUAAAGCCUUUUUCAGCAUCACCCAUGUGGAGGUGCCUCUGGGAAGGAAGAAGUGGGGAGCAGGAGAGGUAGAUGGUUUUAAUCAACCAAAAAAAAAAAAAAGUACUUGAAUAUUUGAAACUAUUCUGCGGUUUUAACACAUCCUUUUUAAUUAUUGCCGAUUUCUCUGAAUCACGCCAUAUGCUGAUCCCUGCCUUACCACUUUACACUGUGAAGUUUGCCCCUGUCCGAGGCAGGCGUUGGGGAUGUUUCAUAAAUCCGGUGUCUUGGAGCGCGGACGUGAUUUUUCACUGCAAAGGCUAUGCAUCUUGUAUCGUCUGUACUAAUAAAGAGAGGUACCGCUCUUUGUAAUUACGACGUCUGCGCUUUGAAUCGACCCAGGCUGGAACGACCCGAGCGGCCGUGCCGCGGCCGGCAAUGCUGCGAUGACGCAGGAAAUGGCGGCCUCGGCCCCGCCCGUGCGGGGCGGGCCAGGCGGCCCCGUGGCGGGGCGGGGGCGGAGCCGCGUCAUGGCCGCCGGGAGGCUCCCGCCGGGCGCGCUCACCCUCAAGCAGUUCCUGAGGCGGCAGCAGGUCCUUCAGUUGUACCGCAAGAUCCUGCGGGCUAUCCGGGAGGUCCCUGCUGAGCAGGAUCGCCGCUACUUAAAGGACUGGGCCAGGGAGGAAUUCAAACGAAAUAAGGAUGCUACAGAAGAGGAUGCAAUCAGGAUGAUGAUUACUCAAGGCAACAUGCAACUUCAGGAACUGCAGAGAACACUUAAGCUGGCAAAAUCCUGAUCUUCAUUUUGGUGACAGUUCCAUUUUUAUCUAUUGCAAGUAGGCACAGUGUUUUUUCUACAAUGUGGUUACAAUGGCAGCCUUUGCUGACAACCUGGUAAUGUUUGGAGGAGGAAUCUACCACAGUGGGGGUUUUGUUUUUUCCCCUUCCCCAUCCAUUUCUCAGUUUGGCUACCCUCAGAAGUGGAAAUCACUUGGACACAAAGGAUAUUAAAAAACUGCAUGGAUGAUGUAACAUGUGCUGCAGGAAAAGCAGAAAGCACCAAAAAUUACAGUUAAACAGCUGUGUUAAUGCCAGCGCAGUGGAAAAUAAAUAUAUGGCAUAUUAUUUUGUCUGCUUUUUACUGUGGUAGCUGUAAUUGGUAAUAUUCACAAGUGACAGCUGUUCAUGUACUGUACUAAGGAUUUUCACCAAAAUUUUUGAUUAAAAAAAGAAUUUGGGAUAAAUUGGCCCAGAACAAACAAAUAUUAAAAAAAAUGUUUUGUGUGUA